AUGGCACCAAUUCUGCAGACUUACUAUGGGUACCUCACCGCAUCUCACAUCGUAAUCGCAGUAGUAUCACUUGCUAUCGUCUUACCCCUAGCCCAGUUCAUUUACAACAUCUUCUUCCACCCUCUGGCUGACUUCCCAGGCCCUCUGCUAUGGCGUGGCUCCAACAUACCCAAGAUGAUAGCCCAGAUACGGGGCACCAUCCACUGGCGAAUGUUAGAGCUCCACCAGCAGUACGGGCCCGUCGUGCGGCUCGCCCCGGGGGAGCUGACCUACACCACCGCCACCGCGGCGAAGGAGAUAUACGGAAACCGUAGUGGCAAGAAGCUCUUCCCCCCUCAGUCCUCUCUAGGCAGCAACGAGAAGACCAUGUUCGGAGCGACUAGCUUUCUCUGGCUGGAGGACCACAAGGAGCACGCCCGCCACCGCAAGAUUGUUGGCCAGAUGUUCUCAGACGCGAGCCUCAAGUCGCAGGAGCCUCUGGUGCUUGGCUAUGCCUCUCUGAUGAUGCAGCGCUUCCGUGAGAGAGCUUCGAGGGGAGAGGUCAUCGACAUGUGGUCUUGGUUCAACUUCUAUACCUUUGACAUCAUCGGUGACCUGGUAUUCGGCGAAUCUUUUGACUGUGUGGACCAGGGCCGCUUCCACCCCUGGAUCAGCUUCAUCUUCUCCAACCUGACCAACAUGAUGUACGCGCAGAUGACCACAACUAUGGGAUACCUAGGCACCUUCAUCCAGGCGCUGGUACCCGCGCGAAUCAUGGCCCAGGCUUUCGCCCACGCCCAGUCCACCCGUGACAAGGUCGACCGGCGGCUGGCGCGCAAGGAGGUCCGGCCGGACCUGAUCAGCGGCAUCUGGCACAAGAUCGGGGCCCCCGGUGGGGUCUCGCACGAGGAGCUGUACGCGGACGCCCAGAUCAUGAUCAUGGCGGGCAGCGAGACGAGCGCCACCCUGCUCGCCGUCGCCGUGUACCACCUCCUGCGCAGCCCGGACAAGCUCGCGGCACUGCGGGAUGAGGUCCGUGGUGCCUUUGCCACCGACCAGGAGCUCACGUUCUCGGAUGUUGCUGUGCUGCCGUACCUCCGUGCUGUCAUAGAUGAAUCCUUGCGUAUCCACGCGCCGCUCCCUGCUGGGAUCAACCGUGUCGCGCCUGAGGGAGGGGCUUUCCUUCAUGAUCAGUUUGUGCCUGAGGGGACGGUGCUGCAGGUCCCCAGUUGGGCUGCUUUCCACCUUGAGGAGAACUUCACAGACCCCUGGGAGUUCGUGCCGGAGAGGUGGCUGGGUGACGAAUGCCCCGCUCGGUAUGCCGGUGACAACCGCGACGUGUUCAAUCCCUUCAGCCAGGGACCGAGAUCAUGCCUUGGGCGUUCUCUGGCGUACAUGGAGUCAAAGGUCUGUCUCGCGAGGCUGGUCCUCGGUUUUGAUAUGGAGUUGAUGCCAGAGAGUAAGGAUUGGAACAAGCAGAAGGUGUAUCUGCUAUACGAGAAAAGGCCUCUGAACGUCAAACUCACCGAAGUGACCAAACAAGAGAAGACUGUGACUGUGGAGUGA